UGUCGGACGCCAUAGUGAACGCUUCAGUUUGCGAAGGAGUGAAUCGGGUUCGUUCGCGAAAAAGUUCGUUUUUUUCUUCAAACGAGCAUAUAUUUAAUUUGAGCGAACGAUGGCAGGAGCCGAAUCACCAAAUGUAAAACAAGAAUCGCAGAAUACAUCUGCAGAAAAUAGUAAUGAAAAUCCACGAGAACGAAAUCCACCCGGCGGUGGUGGUGGCGGUAAUCGUGGACCGCGUGGACGAAAAGGAGGAACACGUUUUUCUGGUGGACGUGGUGGCGGAAUGGGUAGUGGAAAUAGAAAUAAUGAUGGACCGAUGAAAAUGAGUGAUUCUAUGGAUGGAGGUAUGGACAAUACAAUGAAUGAAGGAAUGGGUGGAGGAAUGGGUAUGGGACGUGGUGGUGGAAUGCGUGGUGGUAGAGGUGGCCGUGGAGGGACUGAUAGAAACAUGGGAAAUCGUUCACAAGAUGAUCGUUUAAUGGAACGUAUUAUGGCCAUUAGUGGCCCUACACAUGAAUUACCAUCUCAAGAAACCACAGAAAAAAAAUUCAGUGGUCGUAAUCGUUUAUAUAUUGGAAAUUUAACAAAUGAUGUUACAGAAGAAGAAAUCCAGCAAAUGUUUCAACAAUAUGGUGAAAUAUCUGAACUUUUUGUUAAUAAAGAGAAAAACUUUGCAUUUCUUAGAAUGGAUUAUAGAGUAAAUGCUGAGAAAGCAAAACAUGAAUUAGAUGGUACAAUGCGUAAAGGUCGUGCACUCAAAGUACGUUUUGCUCCUCAUUCUUCAACCAUUAAAGUUAAAAAUCUUACACCUUGGAUUUCAAAUGAAUUACUCGAAAGAGCAUUCAGUGUUUUUGGUGAAAUCGAACGUGCGAUAGUUAUAGUGGAUGACAGAGGAAAAUCUACUGGAGAAGGAAUUGUAGAAUUUUGCAGAAAACCAUCAGCCCAACUCGCUCUACGAAAAUGUACGGAGGGAUGCUAUUUCUUAACUGCCUCUUUACGACCAGUGGUUGUUGAACCAUUUGAACAACAAGAUGAUAUUGAUGGUUAUCCAGAUAAAAAUUUACCACGAAAAAAUCCAGAAUUCUUUAAAGCUCGUGAUAUUGGACCAAGAUUUGCACAGAUAGGAAGCUUUGAACAUGAAUAUGGAACAAGAUGGAAACAACUCCAUGAAUUAUAUAAACAAAAAGAAGAGGCACUGAAACGAGAAAUGGCAAUGGAAGAAGAAAAAUUGGAAGCUCAAAUGGAAUUUGCACGUUAUGAGCAUGAAACUGAAUUGUUACGAGAACAAUUGCGUAUGCGUGAGGCUGACCGUGAAAGACAGAAGAGAGAAUGGGAAAUGAAAGAAAGACAGGCUGAAGAACAAAGAACACGUGAAGAAGAAUUACGAAGACGACAACAAGAAGAAAUGGCAAUGCGUAUAAGGAGACAAGAUGAGGAACUACACAGGCGUCAACAGGAAAAUAAUUUAUUUAUGCAGGAGCAAGCAAUGAGAAGAGGAGGUGGAGGAGGAAUGGGAGGAAAGAAUUAUGAUUCUGUUAGUAAUAGUGAUCGCGACGGAUAUGGUCAACCUGAUGGUGGAAGCAGCAUGCCAGUGGAUCCGAAAUCUUUCAUGGAUGCUUAUAAUAGUAUGGAUCGAGGUGGUUAUAAUGAUGAUCGUGGUCAAAUAAUGGAUUUGAUGGAUAUGAGGGUUGAUAUGGGUAAUAUGGGUGGUGGUCGUGGAGGUAGUGGUAGUAGUGGACGUUGGCAAGGUGGAAGUGAUCGAAAUCGUCAGGACGAUUACCCUAAUAAAAGAAGACGCUAUUAAAAAAUACCACAGUAUUAAAAAUAACUUUUUUUUAAUAAUUGAGAAAAAAUAUUUUUCCGAUAGUUCGCAGUUGCAUUCUUCAGUCAUUUUUUCCGACAAGUUUCGCUAUUGAUCAUCUUUCACAUUUUAUAUCAUAGGAGAAUAUAUUAAUGAGAAUGAAUAGGCAGACAUGAAAAGGGAUAUAUAGUGUUUAAAAAAGAGUGAUUUUAUAUCUUCCGUAUUGGAUUUGACUUCAUAACAUCGGAAAUCAUUUUGCUGAUAAGAGAUUGCUGUGUUUUAAACAGUUUUUAAGUUAUAAAAACAUCUAACAAAUAUAAUUUUGUGAAUGUAUAUUAAAUACAAGGGACUUCUCAUAAAAAGGAUUUAAUUUAAUAGUGCUAAUCAAUUUCAUAUAUUGACAAAUUCUGUACACUUUUUGACAAAAAUUCUUCAAGACAUAAAAAACAUUAAGAUACUGUUAAAACGUUAACUACUAACACAAUUAUAUCAUUCUUUAAGUAUAAGAAAACAUUGAAUUAAUAUGUCUUUAAUUUAUUAGAAAUUCUCUGAAAAACUCUAAGAAGAAGGGAUGUAUAUAAUGAAAACAACUGAACUUCAAGUUUACAGUAUCAUUUCAUAAAAUUUCAUAUCCUAUAUAUCGUCAUAUAGACGAAAAUAUAUUCAUUGUCAAUUAGCAAUUCAAAUAAAAUAAUUUCGUGGAAGUUUUAUUUCGUGAAAUAGUAUGUAAAUAUUAAAAAUAAUGUAGUAUAUUAAUUUUUGGUACUAUUGUAUUACUAUACCAUACUAUAUUAUUCAUAGUUUAUUUUCUUGAUUUAAUAAUCCUCCCAAGGUGAAAGUAUAUACUCUGAUAGUAUUUUUAGUUUUGUACUUUACAAAAACAAAAAAUUAGUUUAUAAGUAAAGCGUUUAACAUUGACUGAAAUCAACAUCUCAGUCAUUUGUUAAUUUAUCUUUCUAAUAAGAAAUAAAAUUGCAUAAACGCGUGUGUACGUCAGUAUCAAAGAUAGUUUUAUCUAGUGCAUUAUCCAUAUUCAUACAUAUUCAUGUUUUUAGUUAAUGAUGGUGUAAAUGUCACCAUGAAAGAAAGUAAAUGCAAUGUUUGCAUUACUUAAAGCUUUAUAACAGUAAUUAUGUUAGACUAAGACAUAUAUCAACAAAGUAAUCUGCAAUUGUGCUAUUCAAAUUUGUGAAGGAACUUAUUUGACAAAAAAUAAUUUUAUGAAUAAAGGUCUACAUAUAUCUAUA